AUGAUCGACUUCACCCUUUCCGACUCGCAGCGCACAGCCCGCGCCAACGCUGCAGCCUUUGCCUCCCAACUCCUCCACGGCGCCUACGCCUCCUACACCAAACUCCCCAACGAUGGGGUCACCCGCUUCCUCUCCACCAAGCCCCUCUUCGAGACCGCCGUCCGCGCCGGCGUGAUCAAGUCCCUCGUGCCCCCACACCUCGGCGGCACCGGCGGCACGCUCCUCGAAUCAGCGCUCGUCACGGAGGAGCUCUUCGCCGUGGAGCCCGGCGUCGCGCUGAACCUGCUGACGGACAGUCUGGGGCUCAUGCCGCUGAUCUUCUCGUCCGCGGAGGAUUCCCUCAAGAAAGAGCUCGUGGCGCCGUUUCUGGCGGCUGAGGGGGCCCCGUUGGCGGCGUUCCAGUGGUCUGAGCCCGGCGGCACGGCGAACUUCUUCGAGAAGGGCGGGAGGGGCGCGCAGACGGUGGCAAGGCGCCAGGGUGAUAGGUGGGUUGUCAACGGCGAGAAUAUCUGGGCGGGGAAUUGCACAGGGUGGGAUGGUCGCGGGGCGGAUGUGCAGACUGUGUUCUGCCGAGACGGCGAUGGUGAUAGCGGCGACCUGGUGAGUUCGGCGAUGCUGCUCGCUAUCCCGCGCGCCGUCUUAGACGAGAAUGACGAGGGCGCGUUUCGGGUAGUGAAGUACAUCGAGACGCCGGGCUUCACGGCGCACUGCGGCCCGCACGUCGCCUUCACUGACCUGCGCGUGCCGGAGAAGUACGUCGUCGCAAGGGGCCCUGAAGCAGUGCGGAUUGUCGAGAUGGCGUUCGCGGCGACGGGGGCCAUGGUCGGGGCCAUGGGGGCCGGCAUCAUGCGCACGGCGUUCCGGUCCGCGUUGCGCUUUGCCAAGGAGAACAAUCAGGGCGGGAGCGUCAAGGUCCUCGAGAGGCAGUCUGCGGCGGACCUGUUGGUCUCGCUGAAGACGAAGAUUGACACGGCGCGGCUGAUUAGCUGGAAGGCGGCGCACGCAGUGGACAAUGGCGAAAAGGACGCCGUGGAGCUGUGCUCGCAGGCGAAGAUCUACGGGUCUGAGGUGGCGGUCGAGGGGGUUGCGGAAGCGAUGAGGGUCAUUGGGAUAGCGUCUUGGUCGUACGAGUAUCCAUUUGCCAGACUUGUGCAAGAGGCGGCCGUGUUGCCCAUCUUUGACGGCGGCAACCAGGGCGUCAGGAGGAGGGUUGUGCAGAAGGCGAUGUUGGCGGACGACUACGAUCCAUUUGGCGACCUCUAA